UGAUCCCUCUCUCCUCUGGUAGUUCCCAAUUAUUUCAUCUUUCCUCUGUUUCCUCCUUCCCUUACGUAUAUUUCAAAUGUGUUUUGCGACAAACACCAACCAAACAGCAGCUCAUGCAGCUUCCAACUGUCUUCUUCUGCCUUAUCGGCGGAGGGCUAGUAAUCCACUAUCAAUUCAUAGCUUGUCCACAAUGGAGGAAUUAUAUAUCUUGAAUCGGUCCAUGUUAGAUUCAUCCUUCCUCUAUACAGUCUCCAAUGAAUCAAUUCAUUCCAGAUUCAUGCAUCCUUGCUCUUUUUGGUGUCUAAAUAUGGUAGGAUAGAUCGCAUGGACGCAGUGAAAGGAAAGACGAUCUGUGCAGAGUGUCAGAUCAGGCAGUAGAUUAACAUAAUGGUGAUUUGGUGAGGCUCAUCAUUGGAGAAGUCGCUUCAUAAGAUCCUCGGAGGCAUCCCUUGUGGGAAUCUCCUGCGGUGGUGGAGUUUGUCUUCAUGCCUUCUCUCUCUCUCUCUUUCUCUAUUCACUCCCUCUGUGCUUUGCCUGAUUCGCUUCCUCGGCCGCUUGUUUGUUUCCUGCCUCUCUCGUGUGCAAAAGCCAAGGCUGCCGCCCCCAGACCGCACCUGACCGCUGACACCUGGCCGUCUCCUCUUCGGCAGCAGCGACGACGAUGACGACGACGACGACGACGACGAUGGCCGUCGGCACGCUGGCGCUGCGACCUCGCUCGCCGACUGUCCCAGUAGGUCCGUGCGAUCUGGGCAUCACUCGGAGAGCCGAGAAGGAGGUGCGCUUUGCGCGGUGGAGGAGCCAUGCAUUAUCCAAACCCACCACACCAGAAUACGGCGUAGGCUUGAUUCAGAACGGAUUGCCUGUUCUUCAUCUGCCAGAGCAUGAGCCGCAGGACGCCGACGAGGACGAGGACGAUGAUGGAUCGCUUGAGCUCUGUGGAUCGAGAGGGAUAUGGCGGAUGGUGGGUGAAGUCAGAGCGAUGUUGCGGCGGAUGGGUGAUGGGGAAAUAAGCAUCUCCGCAUACGACACGGCGUGGGUGGCACUGGUCAAGAACAAAGACGUAAGUGGUGGCCCUCGGUUCCCGUCCAGCCUCCGGUGGAUCGUCGACAACCAGCUGCCGGAUGGCUCGUGGGGAGACGCUGUCAUCUUCUCCGCCCAUGAUCGGAUGAUCAACACCCUGGCCUGCGUCAUCGCUCUCAAGUCAUGGACCAUCUAUCCGGAUAGUUGCAGGAGAGGACUUGCAUUUAUCCGUGAGAACAUGUGGAGAUUGCGUGAGGAGGAAGCAGAGCUAAUGCCCAUCGGCUUCGAAGUCGCUUUCCCCUCCCUCGUUGAAAUAGCCAAAGCGCUUGAGCUGGAGAUUCCCUACGGUGACCCUUCUUUGCAGGAAAUCGACGCCAAGAGAAGUCUGAAACUGAAGAGGAUUCCAAGAGAUGUGAUGCAUGAAGUGCCCACCACGCUGCUCCAUAGCCUGGAAGGAAUGCCGGGCCUGGACUGGGACAGGCUGCUUCGCCUCCAGUGCUCUGACGGCUCCUUUCUCUUCUCACCUUCCUCCACGGCUUUUGCUGUGAUGCAGACCGGUGAUGACAACUGCCUCAAUUAUCUCCAGAGAGUCAUCCAUAGAUUUGGUGGGGGGGUGCCCAACGUUUACCCCGUCGAUCUCUUCGAGCACCUGUGGGUCGUCGAUCGCUUGGAGCGUCUCGGGAUCUCUCGGUACUUGGAGCAGGAGAUCAAAGACUGCUUGGACUACGUAUACAGAUAUUGGACCGAGGACGGCAUCUGCUGGGCGAAGGGCACGAGAGUGCACGAAGUGGACGACACAUCGAUGGGGUUCCGACUGCUCCGGCUGCACGGCUACGACGUCUCCGCCGGCGUGUUCCGGCAUUUCGAGAAGGACGGUGAGUUCUUCUGCUUCGCCGGGCAAUCGACCCAGGCAGUGACCGGAAUGUACAACCUGAACCGGGCGUCGCAGGUGGCCUUCCCCGGGGAGGAGAUACUGGCCCGGGCCAGGAGCUUCUCCUACAUGUUCCUGCGAGAGAAGCAAGCCGCCGACCAGGUGGUGGACAAGUGGAUCAUCACCAAGGACUUGCCGGGCGAGGUGGCGUACGCCCUGGACUUCCCCUGGUACGCCAGCCUGCCUCGCGUGGAGACGAGGCUGUACUUGGAGCAGUAUGGAGGCAGCGGCGACGUCUGGAUAGGGAAGACGCUCUACAGGAUGCCAUUGGUGAACAACGACGUGUACUUGGAGUUGGCCAAGUUGGACUAUAAUCGCUGUCAAUCUCUCCAUCAGCUCGAAUGGUUCGACCUCGAAAAAUGGUACGAGGAGGCCGGUCUACGAUGGCACAGGGUGAAGCGGAGGAGCCUACUGAGGGACUACUUUCUGGCGGCCGCUUGCGUGUUCGAACCGGACCGCGCGGUCGAGAGAUUGGGUUGGGCUCGGACCGCCACGAUGGCCACGGCCGUCUCGUCGUUCUUUAGCAGCGCCACGUGCACGGACGAGAUGAGGCGAUCGUUCAUCCUCGACUUCCUUGAUGAUCGAAGCGACGGCCAUGACAUCAGCAGGAUGGGAGGGAAGAAGGCGGGAGAAGUGUUGGUGGGUCUGCUCCGGCAACUGAUCGAGCGGCUGGCGGCUGAUACACGGCCGGCCUUCCAACAACAGCUGGUCCGCCAUCAUUUCCAACAAGCUUGGAAGGAGUGGUUGAUGGCAUGGCAUAGCGACGCGUCUGACGGAUUCGGAAGGGAAGAGACGGGGUUACUGCUAGUCAGGACGAUGGAAAGCUGUGCAGGGAGGUUCAGUUCGACGGAGUUAACGGUGACUCGUCCUAAUUACAGUCGGCUUUGUCAUCUACUGUCUUCCCUUUGUCAUAAUCUAAGGCGACGACAGAUGGUUGCCGCUAAGAGCAUCACAGAGGAGUGCGCUGUCACAAGCAGCUGCAAGGACAAGGCAGUAGAAGCAGAGAUGCAAGAGCUGGCUCGGUGUGUGCUACAGACUUCAGAUGACCUCAACCACCUCACCAAGCAAACAUUCCUUCUGGUGGCAAAGAGCUUCUAUUACGCUGCUCACUGCUCACCUGCUGCUCUCCGCAGCCACAUCUCCGAGGUGCUCUUCAAGCCCGUGGCUUAGUGAGCUUCAUGAAAUAUGUGAAUGAGCAGUGUGAUGGAGCUUAACGAUUUGACAUAUUGCACUUUCUUCGGAAUCUUUGGGACUUCUUAUCAUGCUGAUUUCUUCAAAAGAUGUGAAUGAAUAAGUGAUGUAGUUUGUCAGGUUUCCAUGGCAUCUAUGUAGAAGGAUGCAAUGUCUUCUUAAUCUUUGGAAAUUCUCAUAAUUUAGUAGCCAACCUCAGUGACUUUAAUACAUAUCUUCAAGCCUGUGAUUUUAACUUC